AUGCAUAUAAAAAAGGUUAUCAUCCAGGGCUUCAAGUCAUUUCGUGAACAAAUUGACGUGGAAGAUUUUCAUCCAGGACACAAUGUCGUCAUUGGAAGAAAUGGUUCUGGUAAAAGUAAUUUUUUUCAUGCAAUACAAUUUGUAUUGAGUGAUGAAUUUACCAACUUAAAACCUGAACAUCGUCAAAUAUUGAUUCAUGAAGGAUCAGGAUCAAAAUUAAUAUAUGGUUUUGUUGAAAUAAUAUUUGACAAUUCAGAUGGACGUUUACCAAUGGACAACAAAGAAGUUACACUACGUCGUAUAAUUGGAACUAAAAAAGAUCAAUAUAUAUUAAAUAAUAAAGUUGCAACAAGAACUGAUGUUACAAAUCUAUUGGAAUCAGCUGGUUUUUCACAUUCAAAUCCAUAUUAUAUUGUUAAACAAGGUGAAAUUAAUCAACUAGCAAUAGCACCAGAUGAACAUCGUUUAAAUUUACUUCUUGAAGUUGCUGGUACAAUUGUUUAUGAUGAAAGAAGAAGAGAAUCAAAUGAAAUACUUGAACAAACAAAAGCAAGUAUUAAAAAAAUAACUGAAUUUAUCAUAACAAUUGAUGAACGUUUAUUAAAACUUGAUGAAGAAAAAGAAGAACUUAAACAAUAUCAGCUACUUGAUAAACAACGUAGAUAUAUUGAAUUUACAAUUUAUGAUCGUGAAUUAAAAGAAUAUAAAAAUAAACUUGAUGAACUAUUGGCAUUACGUGAAAAUAAUAAAGGUCAAUAUGUAAAACUUGGCAAAGAUCUUAAUGAAGCACAACAAAAAAAAUAUGAAAUUAAUCAAAGAAUUAAAGAAUUAAAAAAACAAUUACAAUCAGCUAAAGAUGAACGUAUUAUAUUGACAACUGAUCAACAAAAUUUAUUAAAAGAUAAAACAAAAUUAACACUAAUCAUUGAAGAUUUAAUGGAUGAUGUUAAAGAUGAUACUGAUGAUAAAUUAAAAUUACAACAAGAACUUGAACAAUUAAAUAUAACAAUUGAUAAUAAUGAACAACAAUUGGCAAUAAUAAUACAUGAAUAUAAUCAAUUAAAAUAUCAAGAAGAAGAAUGUGUUAAAUUACUUGAAUCUAAAGAACAAAAACGUAAAGAGUUGUAUGCAAAAGAAGGACGUUGUAGUCAAUUUUCAUCUAAAGAUGAACGUGAUAAUUGGAUAAAAGAACAAUUAAAACAAUUAACAAAACAUAUAAAAGAAAAGCUUGAUUAUGAAAAAAAAUUAAAUGAAUUAUUAAAUAAUGAUAUUAAAAAACAAAAUGAAUUGGAAAAAUCAAUUCUUAUUAAAACAAAAGAAAUGGAAGAACAAAAAGAAUUAUUUAAUGAUGAUGUUAAUAAAAAAUAUCAUGAAUUAAUAAUUAAAAAAAAUAAUAAUCAAGGAAUAAUAAAAGAUUAUUAUCGUCAAGAAAAUAAACUUGAAUUACAUUUAUCAAGUUUAAAAGAAGAUUUAUCACAUGCUGAGGGAGUACUAAGAUCAAUGAUUGGUAAAGCUAUUAUAAAUGGUCGUGAUAGUGUUAAAAAAGUACUGGAAAAAUUUAAUCAACAAGCUGAUAUGUCAAAUGAGAUUGAUAAUUAUUGUGGACCACUUAUUGAUAAUUUUAAAUGUGAUAAAGAAAUUUAUACAGCUGUUGAAGUUACAGCUGGUAAUAGGUUAUUUCAUCAUAUUAUUAAAACAGAUACAUUUGGUACAAAAAUACUCAAAGAAAUGAAUCAACAAAAAUUACCAGGUGAAGUUACAUUUAUGCCAUUAAAUCGUUUAUAUGUUAAACCAAUUCUUUAUCCAAAUGAUCCUGAUGCAAUACCAAUGAUAUCAAAAUUAAAUUAUGAUGAAAAAUAUGACAGAGCAAUGAGAUAUAUUUUUGGUAGAACAUUGAUAUGUCGUUCACUUGAAUUAGCAACAAAACUUGCACGUACAACUGGUCUUGAUUGUGUUACACUUGAAGGUGAUCAAGUAUCAUCAAAAGGUUCAUUAACUGGUGGUCAUUUUAAUACACAAAAAUCACGUCUUGAUUUACACACAUCAUCAUCAAUACUUGUCAAUGAAAUUAAUAAAACUGAACAACAAUUAUCAUGUGUUAGAAAUGAUAUUAAAAAAUUUAAUGAUGAAUUAAAUGUAAUUAUGAAUGACAUACAAAAACAUGAUAUUAAAAAAAGUAAAGCUAAAGGUAUAUAUGAAUUAUUAAAUACAGAAAUACGUAAUAUGAAAGAUGAUUUAAUGACAAUUAUAUCAACAAGAGAAUCAUACAAAAAUCGUCUCAUACAAAAUUCAUCAAAUUUAGAAAAUUUAAAUGAAACUAAAAAAGGAUUUGAAUCAGAAUUAUAUCAAGAAUUAAUAACACAAUUAUCAACACAAGAUCAGCAUCAAGUUGAUAAUUUAAAUGAUGAAAUACGUUCAUUAACAAUUACCAAUAAAAAUAUAUUUACAAAACGUAUGCAAUUUGAAGCUGAAAAAAAUAAAUUUGAUAAUUUAUUAAUUAAUAAUUUAUACAGACGUAAAGAUGAAUUAAUUGAAUCAUUAAAAGUAAUAUCAAUUGAAGAUCGUAAUUAUCGUUUAAAUAUAACAAAAACAUCAUUAUCUGAUAUUGAUAAUAAAUUAUUAAAAAUAAAUAAUGAUUUGAGUAUAUUAAACAAUAAAAUAACAAUUACCAAUGAAAAAUUAAAUAUUGAAAUUUCUAAUAUUGAUAAAUUCAAAAAUCAAGAAAAAGAUAUACAACAAAUAAUUGAUUCUGAUGCUAAACAACUUAAUAAAUUUACAUGUCAACAAAAUACAUUGGAAAAUAAUAUAUCUGAGUGUACUAAAAAGAUAACUGAUCUUGGUGCAUUACCAAGUUCUGGCGUAUAUGAAAAUUUAAUAAAUUUAUCAACAAAACAAUUGUUAAAAGAAAUUGAUAAUAUUAAUAAUCAAUUAAAAGAUUAUAAACAUGUUAAUAAAAAAGCAUUGGAUCAAUAUUUAUCAUUUACUGAUCAACGUCAAAUGUUUAUGAAACGUAAAGAAGAACUUGAUCGUGCUGAUAUUAAAAUUAAAGAAUUAAUGAAUGUACUUGAAAUGAGAAAAUUUGAAGCAAUGCAAUUUACAUUUAAACAAGUUAGUAAAUAUUUUUCUGAUGUUUUUAAAAAGCUCGUACCAAUUGGACAUGCUGAAUUAAUUAUUAAAAAACAUUAUAAACAUGAUGAUGAUUAUGAUGAUGAUGAUUAUGAUAAUGAAUCAAAUAAAUUGGCUGGUAUUGGUAUACGUGUUUCGUUUAAUGGAAAAGAUAAUGAAAUGCGUGAAAUAAAUCAUUUAUCUGGUGGCCAAAAAUCACUUGUUGCUCUUGCUUUAAUAUUUGCUAUUCAAAAAUGUGAUCCUGCACCAUUUUAUUUGUUUGAUGAAAUUGAUCAAGCACUUGAUCCAGAGCACAGAAAAACUGUUGCUAAUAUGAUACAUGAAUUGAGCUCUGAUGCACAAUUUAUCACAACGACAUUUAGACCAGAAAUGUUGGAGCAUGCUGAUAAAUUUUAUGGUGUUAUAUAUAGAAAUAAAGUUUCACAUGUUAUCUGUGUAACACGUGAAGAAGCUGAUAAUUUUAUUGAAGAUGAUACAACUCAAGAUUAA